AGGAACUUGCGAACUACAGCCCCGCCAGCCCCGGUGGUUGCUGCGGAGCAUCCCCUGCCUGACUCGCCAAGACCCUCGCAGGGCGUCGCCGCUGCUUCCCGGCAAGCGCAUCGGAGCUGCCCUCGCACGGUGUGGACCCGAGGAGCCCCAGGGUCCUCUCGCCGCCAGAGAGAAAUUCCAUCUUCUGUUCAAUCUUCUAAGGAAGCAAACUAAGACCAGAGGGAGGGUUAUCCUUGAUCUCGAAGACUAAAACUACACUGGAAUUUAAAAUGUUCUUCAGGGAAGGACGGAGCUUGACCUAUACUUUUGUAAUCAUUUGUUUCCUGACGGUCAGACUGUCCACCGGUCAGGAUUGUCCCAUCCAGAGCCUGGAAGAUGUCAUCAUUGACAUCCAGUCAUCCCUUUCUAAGGGAAUCAGAGGCAAUGAGCCCAUACAUACAUUAACUCAAAAAGACUGCAUUAAUUCUUGCUGUUCAACAAAAAACAUUUCAGGGGACAAAGCAUGUAACCUGAUGAUCUUCGACACUCGAAAAACAACUAGACAACCCAACUGCUACCUGUUUUUCUGUCCCAGUGAGGAAGCCUGUCCACUAAAACCAGCAAAGGGACUUAUGACUUACAGGAUAAUUAGAGAUUUUCCAUCGCUGGCCAAACCUGAUUGGCCAACCCAAGAGUUAGCCAAAGAAGAUCCUCUCUUCCACGGCCAGUCUUCACAAACAGUCGCUCCCACACCCCGUCGUCUGACAGGGUAUUCAAAGCCCCCUGAUAUCUCAGGGACAGAUACACUUUCUCUGAAGUUUAGCUCCUCGGAUCACUUGGAGAAACUAUUCAAGAUGGAUCCAGAGAGUACACGGUUGCCUGUUUACCAAGAAAAAGGCCAUUCUCAGGGUUUGCAGUUUUCCUCAGAACAAAACAUAGCUCAUCUGCUGCUUGAAAAUGAGACCACAUUCCCCACGACAUUGACUGUCACUUCUCUGCGUCCCACCUCUGCCACUCCAGAGCCACUCCUCCCCACCAACGCUCCAGCCAUACCUUCUGCGACUUCUCAACCACAGGUGGCCACCACAGCUCGGCCGGCGACAGUCCCUUCUCAGCCUCCCACAGUCAUUUCUACAAUUUUGACACAUGCGGUGGUGACACCCCAAGCUAGCAUGACAACAGCAGUUCCAACUACCAUCUUUCAGACAUCUACAGACCCGAACGGCCCACCAGAAACGGUGCACUUGAGAGAAAAUUUCAACCUAACUUUGAACACAGAAGAUGCCCAUAACCCUGCUACAGCUCUUUGGCUAAAUGUGGACUCUUCUGCUAUGAAUAAAACUGCUUCCCAGGAAAACGGGAAGACCAGUUCAGGUGGCGCCUCCCAGCACAAGCUUCCAGAAAGUCAGCACAGCCUUCCAUUUGAAAAGUGGCUCCUCAUGGGGACCCUUCUCUUCGGUGUUCUGUUUCUUGCGAUAGGGCUUGUCCUCUCGGGUAGGAUGCUCUUGGAAUCCCUCCGCAGGAAACGUUACUCGAGACUUGAUUAUUUGAUCAAUGGGAUCUAUGUGGACAUCUAAGGACGACACUAGAUGUCUCUUAAUUCAUGUAGUUACUAGUAGCCAAACGUAGUGAGUGUCAGCUGAUUUGCUGGUCUUAGGAUUUUUGAAUUACUUUGAAGAGAGGCAAAUGCCCCUUACUACUUUCUUUUUGCUUUUGUUGUAAAGAGAAGGGAGGCAAGGAAACAAAUUAGGUAAUUUGAGUGAUCUGUCUCUAAAAUAUUAGCUGAAAACGAAGCUCUACCUGAAGUAAUAAAGUGUAAUUGGAUAUAAAUUGGAAAAUGACUGGCUUUUUGCAAAAAAAGAAAAAAAAUGGUUAGGACUUCUAGGCUCCAAUUUGUUAAUAUUUCUAGUUCCAAAUAAAGUCAACUAUUUAUGGUAUUAAUUCUAA